GACACAGUGCUGCGCCCACAUCGACUCGAUGGGAGCUGCUGGGAGCGCUGUUUGACUCGCUCAUCCUGGCCAAAUUUGAUGUUACCCAAAUAUUUUGUAAGGUUAUGGAAUGGAUAUUUUUCUUCUGAGUGCAACCUUGCAAUUCCCACGAAACCAUAACAAUUUUCCUCGAAAUAUCACCUGUUCUCAACACCUCAAAAGCCCCUCGUCAGAAUAGUCUGCAUAUAUUUAUGUGAUCAUUGUACAUCAUUAAACUAGCGAAGUUUCACACAUUGCCAGGGCGUGUAACCUGGAAAGACAUAGUGCUUAGAUUGAAGAUCUGUACAAACCUACGCGUGCAAAAUGAAACUGCUGUCGGCUGCGCUGCUCUUUCUUAUUAUGACGGAAGUUUUUUGCGAAGAAUAUGAUCCCGGCGACUAUGGAAAUGAAAUUAUCGAGAGGGACCAAAUACAGGAUUCAAGGCUAAAGUCUGAGGCACUGAAUACUCUACUGAGAAGAGCGGCAAGAAAACCUCGACCUCAGCAGUUUUUUGGUCUAAUGGGGAGACGAUCUUCCAGGCAGAAACUCAAUUCCUUUGUGGGACUGAUGGGCAAGAGGAACCAGGGGAUGGCAGGUCUGUAUGAAUGGAACAUGCCAGAGAAACAGCAGCAGUACCGCUAAGUCCUACAAACUACAAACAUAAUAAGGAUGUUUCCGUCACGUGGUUCAACAGCAGUGCUGCAGCUCCCUUGAAAUAUGUAUGUUAAAAUUUUGGACGCUAGCUGCUACUUUCUUUUGAGAUUUUUCAUUUUGAAGAUACAAUAGUAUUAACACUGCCUUCAAAUAAGAGGUAUAUCUUGCUUUUGGUGCCCGGCAUGGACUAAAUCAAAUUAUUUGCCCUUUGAAGAAUAGAUGGCUUUGAAACCAGCUAUCAAGUGAAGCCUUACCUGGUUAGACAGAAAGUUAUAAAGUCGUUGUACGGUUAUUCAUAAAUACUGCGUUGAUGUUGAUGUUGUUGCCGCUGCUGUUCUUGUGUUUUCUCACCUGUAACAGAGUACACAUGCGCACAUUGGAAAAUGUUGCUGGUUCAGUUAUUGUCCUUUCAGGAUUUUGCUUUGAUUUAUUAAAACGGUGAUAAAGACCAA